AUGGAAUCCUACAGGAGACCGCCUUCGACAUCGCACUCAGCGCGAUCGUCUACAAGGAGGACCACCUCGUACACCACUGGAACAGGAUAUCRGGAAAGCACGUCAAAUCCGUUCUACACGACCAAUGGAUACACUACAGCGACUGGUUCGCGGCCUCGAACUGGACGUCCUAGCACCGGAAGACCUGGUACCGCCAGGCCACGGACUGGGCUCUCUACGCUGGGAGUCGAGAAUCAGGAGAUUGUGUGCGCCGUGAGUGAGAGUCGCGGCGUGUCUCCGUCAGUCGGUAUGGCGUUCCUGAACUUGGACACGGGCGAGGCGGUCUUGAGCCAAUUCAGCGACAGUCAGACAUAUGUCCGGACCAUUCACAAGCUCUGCGUAUUCAGCCCGACUGUUAUUCUCGUGGUCUCGUCYUCGUCAAAUCCAAAGUCGAAGCUGUAUUCCAUCUUGGAGGACAGCAUCCAGGAAGAUCUUGAUAGUAACAUCGCGCUCUUCGAUCGUCGUUACUGGUCUGAGACUACCGGGCUUGAGUACAUCCAGCAGCUGGCUUUCUCUCAAGACGUCAACACCAUCAAGACUGCGGUGACUGGCAACUACUUCGCCGUCUGCUGCUUUGCCGCUGUCAUGAAGUACACAGAACUUGCCAACAACAAGAUGUUUCCCUUUCAUUCGCUACGAAUGAAGUAUGAGCCAUCAGAAGGUUCAAUGAUGAUCGACCUCGCCACGAUCAAGUCGCUGGAGCUGGUGCAAAACCUUCACAAUGCCAAGUCGAAAGACUGUCUGUUCGGUCUACUGAACGAGACGCUCACUCCAAUGGGCGCUCGUCUACUUCGAAGCAACAUUCUCCAACCCAUCACUAGUUCGGAGACAUUGAUCAAGCGCUUCGAAGCCGUGGAGGAGCUGAGCACUAAGGAAGAAAUGUUCUUUGCUGUUCGACAGAACCUGAAACCAUUCCUCGACGCUGACAAAACACUUACUCAACUCAUCAUGCUGCCGACCCAGAAAAGCUUGAAGGUCAUUGAACAGUCAAUCAAUCAUGUCAUCGUACUGAAGCAAUUUGUUGGCCUCGUCAAACCGGUGUUUGAAGCACUGACGGGGUCGCGCUCUGAUAUGCUCAUCUCCAUCCGAAGCAUAUGUGACUACGGGAAUGUUGAGCCCGUCCAGGUCUUGAUUGAUCAGGUCAUCAAUGAGGGCACCGCAUAUGCUAAGCAGCCUUUGGAUUAUCGCAACCAGAGAACCUACGCUGUCAAGUCGGGUGUGAAUGGCCUACUCGAUGUGGCUCGACAAACAUACAAAGAGGCCAUGACAGACGCUCUUCAGCACAUUGCAGAGCUAGGCGAUGAGCAUUCACUGCCACUUCAAACCAAAUUCGACAAUGUCCGGCAUUUCUUCCUUCGUCUGAGGGUAGACGAGCUGGAAGACCGAAAUCUUCCGCCCAUCUUCAUCAAUGCAUACCGAAAGAAGGAUGUGAUUGAAUGCCAGACUCUCGAUCUUAUCAAACUCAACCAAAAAAUCAGUGACGCUCACACGGAAGUUCUCCUGAUGAGCGACAAAUCUGUCGUACAGCUGAUUGAGGAUGUCCGAGAGCACAUGUCGAGCCUCUUUCGCAUCUGCGAGAGCGUCGCAAUGCUGGAUAUGCUCACAGCAUUUGCUCAUGCUGUAUCAAGUGAAGACUAUGUUCGUCCGGUCUUGAGCGACACUCUUGCCAUCCGCGCGGGGAGACACCCAAUCCGCGAGAAGAUCCACAACACCAAGUACAUCCCCAAUGAUGUCUACGCCACACAGCAGACUCGUUUCCAGAUCAUCACAGGCUGCAACAUGAGCGGGAAGAGCACGUACAUUCGCUCUGUUGCGUUGAUGACCAUCAUGGCRCAAAUCGGAUCCUUUGUGCCGGCUUCUUAUGCAGCUUUCCCUAUCAUUCGGCAGCUAUUCGCACGGAUCUCUCUCGAUGACAAUAUCGAAGCGAACGUUUCGAGUUUUGCGGCUGAGAUGCGGGAGACGGCCUUUAUAAUGCACAACAUCAAUCGAGACAGUUUGGUGAUAAUUGACGAGCUGGGUCGCGGAACUAGUACUAGGGAUGGUCUGRCGAUUGCGCUCGCUAUUGCGGAAGCCUUGGUCGAGAGCAGAGCAUUGAUCUGGUUCGCAACGCACUUUAGAGACCUCUCGAGAAUCAUGGCUGAGAGGAAUGGUGUGAUCAACUUGCACCUGGCAGUGGACAUGAGUGGGCAGGAUCGAAUGGAAAUGCUCUACCAAAUCGCAUCCGGUACUGUGCAGGAGAGACACUACGGUCUGAAGCUGGCACGAAUUGUUCCGCUACCUCCGGAUGUGAUUCCUCAUGCCGAGACCGUGGCCUAUGCGCUUGAGAGGCAGGUUCGGAGGAAGCAGAAGCGUAGUCAGGGUAUUGUAUUGGCGAGGAGGAGAAAGUUGUUGCUGAAUCUGAAGGAGCAUCUACUUCAAGCCAGGGAUGGGGGUAWGAAUGAUGAGGAAUUGAAGAUGUGGUUGAAAGAUUUGCAGAGAGAGUUUGUGGYCAGGAUGACUGCGUUGGAGGAAGAAGGACGGGCGGUUGAGGCUGGUGAGUUCGAUGAUGAAGAUGAAGAUGAUGAAGAUGAUGAGGAUGGAGAGGAGUAUUCAAUUGUCGAUGGAAAGACUCGAGAAACCACCGAAACGGCUUCAAGCACCAGGAACGGACAGCGUCCUGAACGCAUGCAGAGGGAUGUAAGCCAUCGAAAGCCAACACCGCCUAUUUGGAGGGAUGCGAAUGGCAUUGAGAUUGUCGAUGCCACUGAGAUGGAUGAAUCUCCGUUCACUCGCAUGUCUGCCGGCAGUGUUUUGCAGUCCAAGGACGUCGUUUCGUCUCGGAGAAAUUGA